UUCUUGGAUAGUUCUUCUCACCCUAUCUACUAUAAUCUGACUUUGAAUUAGUUAUCGAAGAUGCCAAUUCAGCUCGGUCAGAGUCUCCUUCUCUAUAUUCUGUUGGCUGUCAUCUUCAUCUUGGGUGCUUCCAUGUGGCUAACAAGAUCGGGAGUAGUCGAUUCAUUACUUAAUCGUGGUGGAGGGGAACAAAGCGCUAAAGGCCUGAAAGUUCGCGCUCGACAAGUUACCAAGUCGUUCAACAAUGAAGGAAACGGCAAACAAAAUCUUGACAAUGCUUCCAUUAUCUGUGAUGGCCCAAGUGAAGCAACCAACCUUUUGACUGCUUUAUUUCAAUUUAUUAUAUACUUAGUUCGAGGUGGAAAGUAUAAAGCUGAUGGUGGACAUAAAAGCAAAUGAGUUCAGACCUUCAUAAGCUCAAGGAUGUUGUAGUAAUUUCAUUGGAAAAUAAAUAUGAAUAGUUCAGUUUGUAACAUUUCUUUAUCUUUUGUCAAUUGUACUUGUUUCUAUGUUGGUAUAUGAAAAAUUGUCGUAUUUUCAGUUAA